AUGAAAGGUGGAGCAGCUGUAUAAUAAAUCUUAGUGAUUGAUAAAAUAUAAAUAUUAUUGAAUAAGAUAUUUGCAUAUAGCAAUUUAGCAGAAAGAGAAGGAUAAGGAGUUUGUCCUAAUAUUUUUAUAAGGUAAAAAUAUACAAAAAUUUAUAUCAGGUAGUAAGAUAUCAUAGAGAAUUUAGUUAUUCUACAAAGAAUGGGGGUGAAUGAUGAAAUUUUUGUUAUGGGAUUGUUUUUAGUUGAUCGUCUUACAACAAAGAACAAGUUUUACCUUAACCGAAGAAAUAUUUACAAGUAUACUAAUAACAUAUAUUUUUGGAAAGCCUUCUUAUAACAGCAAUAAUUUUGAGUCUCAAGAUGUAUGAUGAUAACCAAAAAGUUCAACAUAUCUAUCCAAUCAUUUUCGAAACAAAUAGAGAGAUUCUAAACAAAAUGGAGAAAAAAUUCUUGAAGUUAAUACAAUACUAAUUAUAUGUUAAAACAGAAGACUUUUUCAAUUACAGAGCGCGGCUACUUAAAUUAAAAGAUUGA